AUGGCUGUGCAGAAUGUGCAGGCCAGCCCUGGGAUGAUUGCCCCUCCCGUGUUGAGCAAAACGGACCAAGGUUCCCUAAAUGCAUGGUCAAAGAAAGAAUAUUGCGCAAAAAAUAUCCUGGGAUGCAUGGUUUCUGAUUUGACACUGCAACAAAUCCUCCACAAGGACACAGUGGUGGAAAUGUGGGACCUAAUCCACCAGGAGAACAAAAACAAAACAAAACUCAUUCAAGCUGAACUACAAGACAAAUUAGCUGCAUUGCACUGCCCCAAAAAAGGCAAUAUGCAUACUCACAUAGACAAGAUAAGGGAUAUGUGGGAGCAACUCAGUGCAGCUGGAGUGUACCUCACUGACAAAGAAAAGGCAUUGAACAUGUUGCGCUCCCUCUCAUCCACUUGUGCAAUAUUUGUGUCCCAACUGUCUGUCUCAGCUCAUAUGAAUGGCAAGAGCAUCAAUCCUGAGACCCUGAUUGUAAAUCUCCUGCAAGAAUAUGAUUGA